AUGGUCAAAUUCUUGAAGAAUUCGGUCCAACCAUUGGACUCAUCCAAAGUCAGUUCAAUCCAAGGAAACUAUCUGUUAAGAGUUGUUCAACAGCCGGUAAAGGCAAGGGUGGCCGGGAGAAAACAAACACGUAACAGCAGCAGAAGAUUAGUCGAUCCUCAGCCAGUAGUUGAAAUCAGAUUGAAUGAAAACGAAUUUAUCGACAAUAAUGUUAUUGACCAUAGUUUGAGCAUGUUUUUCAUCAGAGCUUCCAUUGAGUGCCUUGGUUCUAAUGAUAAAGAAUCUUUUUUCCAAAAGCAGAGAAAGUCUAGAUUUUUUGAAAAGACUGAAAAUGAUGAAGAGGUUUUAAGAGGUACCACUGCUGUCAGUGCCCAAUUCUACCGUGGUUCUCCAUACACUGCGUGUGCCGUGUUUGAUAACUUGUCCGUCAGAUACAAAGGUAGUUAUCGUUUAAAAUUUGACUUAUUUGAAGUACAAAGUUUCUCUAAAACUGGUUCUCUCCUGCCAAAUAUUGUUCAUAGGAAUAAGGCAACUUCAUAUUCUUCGGUGUUUACUGUCUAUACCGAUGCUGCCUUCGAUGGCUUGGAAGCGUCUCCUGAAUUGAACAAUGAAUUGAAAAAAGCUGGGUGUAAAAUUAGAGCCAGAAAACAAAGAAACAUUACUGGAUCUCAUAGCAACAUGGUUGAUCUUGAUGGUUUCAGAGUUGAUAAGAAAUUCACUUACAAUAAUGGCCGCAUGAACUAUUCAUUGACAGGCACCAAUCAUUUUGGCUUGGAUGAAAAUGUUUUCAACCGACCAGGCACUAGUCUUGAUUUGCAAAUGCUUCAAAACUUCCAAAGCGCUCAAGCUGCUGCCACGGCUGCUGCUGUCAAUAUUGCUAAUAGAAACGACAAUGCUUACAGUCCAGCACCAAUUGGUAACUUGCAUACCGGGUUCAAUCAAAUCAAAAGACCACAAACAGCGUUGCCUCAGAUCAUAACCACCGGUGAGCAUUUUAAUACUCCUUAUAAUGAUAUGUUGAGAAGUGGGUUGGCCCUGUCUUCAGACUACAAUACUUCUUCUCCUUUGGCCCAACCAAAACCAAGAAGAAAUUUCAACAUCCAGAGUGCCGAACCAUCAUUCAAUGUUUAUUCUGAAAUGUUUUCCACGAUAAACACCAAUGACAGUACCAACUCUGUUGAUGCCAGUCCAUCCAUCAAGUCUGAAGAAUUUGCAUCUCCUGCAGGAUUCCCAGGUAUUAAUCAAGCUACUCCUUCAGCUACCGCUACUCCAGUAGCGAUGUCAAACAACCACCAUCAACAAUUGUUCAGUGCUUAUACCAUUGAUAACCAGCACAUGAUGUCAAUGAUGAUGAACAACAACAAUAACGCCAUGUCAGCCGAUGGAAACACACCAAUCAAUAAUUUAUUGUUGCAACAGACGAUGGGGAUGAAUAUCAACAUGGAGGACACAAUGAAUUCUAUUGGUGGAAAUGGUGAUGUCCCAAGAAGCACUAUUCCACUAGAGCAAAUCCCAAUUUUUUGGAAUGACGGAGAUAACGUUCCAACCAAUACUCAAGACGGACAGCUCGAAAUUAGUCAGGCUCCAGAUAGUGCAAAUGGCAGCGACAGUAUCGAUGACCUCACCGAUCAUCAACAACAGCAAUUGAAGAGCUUUCAAGCACAGAUUGAACAACAGCAUCAAAACCAGCAACAACUAAAUGACGGAACUUUACUUGUGGAUAAUAUUGGUGCGAGUUUAGCUGAUAACCAACUAGACUUGGGCACGGAGUUGUUGAACUUUAAUGAAAUUUAUCAACAAUCAGAUUUGUUGUUGCGACAAAAUUUUCAAAUAUGA